AUGUGGGGGGUGGGGGUACGAGGAGGAGAGCUGGGGGUCUGGGCGGCCGGGGGCGCUGUCAGCGCGCCCCACCCGGCCCGCGGGCCGCGCACGCCGCCGGAACUCCCCGGCGCCUCCUUAAAAGCAGCCCCCGCGCGACUCUUUUCCCCCUUUUUUUGUUACAUUGUAGGAGCGGAAAGAAUGUCGGAGCGGGCCGCGGAUGACGUCAGGGGGGAGCCGCGCCGAGCGGCGGCGGCGGCGGGCGGAGCAGCGGCCGCGGCCGCCCGGCAGCAGCAGCAGCAGCCUCCGCAGCCCCAGCGGCAGCCGCCGCCGCCGCGGCGCCUACGGCUGGAGGACGGUGGCCCUGGCGCCGCCUCCACCUCGGCCGCCGCCGCAAUGGCGACCGUCGGGGAACGCCGGCCCCUGCCGAGUCCCGAAGCGAUGCUGGGACAGUCGUGGAAUCUGUGGGUCGAAGCUUCCAAACUUCCUGGGAAAGACGGGACGGAAUUGGACGAAAGUUACAAGGAGUUUGGGAAAAACCGCGAAGUCAUGGGGCUCUGUCGCGAAGACAUGCCAAUAUUUGGUCUCUGUCCAGCCCACGAUGAUUUCUACUUGGUGGUGUGUAACGACUGUAAUCAGGUUGUCAAACCACAGGCAUUUCAAUCACAUUAUGAAAGAAGACAUAGCUCAUCCAGCAAGCCUUCUUUGGCCGUUCCUCCCACUUCAGUGUUUUCCUUCUUCCCUUCUCUGUCCAAAAGCAAAGGAGGCAGUGGAAGUGGAAGCAGCCGUUCUUCCAGCGGAGGAGUCCUGAGCGCAUCCUCGUUAAGUUCCAAGUUGUUGAAAUCGCCCAAAGAGAAACUGCAGCUCAGGGGGAACAGGCCAAUGCAUCCCAUUCAGCAAAAUAGAGUCCCCCAUGGUAGAAUCAUGACGCCUUCUGUCAAAGUGGAGAAGAUUCAUCCGAAGAUGGAUGGCACACUACUGAAACCCACAGCAGGGCCCGCCUGUCCUGCUCCUGCGAGCUCCUCAGUCAAGCCUGGCCUUAACUGCCCCUCAAUACCAAAGCCAACCUUGCCUUCACCUGGACACAUUCUAAAUGGCAAAGGGCUUCCUGCACCACCUGUUCUGGAAAAGAAGUCAGAAGAUUACUCCAAUAACAGGAAGUUUUUAAAUAAGAGAUUAUCAGAAAGAGAGUUUGAUCCUGACAUCCACUGUGGGGUCAUCGACGUCGACACCAAGAAGCCCUGCACCCGGUCUUUGACAUGCAAGACACAUUCCUUAACCCAGCGGAGGGCUGUCCAGGGUAGAAGAAAACGAUUCGACGUGUUGUUAGCCGAGCACAAAAACAAAACCAGGGAAAAGGAAUCGAUUCGCCAUCCGGACUCUCAGCAACCAGCGCAGCCUCUCAGGGACCCACAUCCCAUCCCUCCUAGAACGUCACAGGAGCCACACCAAAACUCUCACGGAGUGAUUCCCUCCGAAUCAAAGCCUUUCAUAGCUAGUAAACCUAAACCUCACACCCCCAGUCUUCCAAGGCCUCCAGGCUGCCCUGCUCAGCAAGGUGGGAGUGCCCCCAUUGACCCUCCUCCAGUCCAUGAGUCUCCACACCCUCCCCUGCCUGCCACUGAGCCAGCUUCUCGGUUAUCCAGUGAGGAGGGAGAAGGCGAUGACAAAGAAGAGUCUGUUGAAAAACUGGACUGUCAUUAUUCAGGUCAUCAUCCUCAGCCAGCAUCUUUUUGCACAUUCGGGAGCCGGCAGAUUGGAAGAGGCUAUUACGUGUUUGACUCCAGGUGGAACCGGCUUCGCUGCGCCCUCAACCUCAUGGUGGAGAAGCAUCUGAAUGCGCAGCUGUGGAAGAAGAUCCCGCCCGUCCCCAGUACCACGUCGCCCGUGUCCACACGUGUUCCUCACCGGACAAACUCUGUGCCGACGUCACACUGUGGGGUUAGCUACCUGGCAGCAGCCACCAUGUCGCCUUCCCCCGUCCCGCUCUCGUCCACCUGCGUCUCCCCCAGCAGUAAGUCGGUCCCAGCUCACGGAACCACACUGAACGCCCAGCCCGCCGCCUCCGGGGCUGUGGACCCUGUGAGCAGUAUGCAGUCCAGACAAGUGUCUUCCUCCUCCUCCUCCCCCUCCACGCCCUCCGGCCUGUCCUCCGUGCCCUCUUCCCCCAUGGCCCGGAAACCUCAGAAGCUGAAAUCCAGCAAGUCUUUGCGGCCCAAGGAUUCUUCUGGUAACAGCACGAACUGUCACAAUGCCAGUAGCAGUGCCAGCGGCGGCUCAGGAAAGAAACGCAAAAACAGCUCCCCACUGUUAGUUCCCUCGUCCUCCUCCUCGGCAUCCUCGUCCUCUUCUUCUCAUUCCAUGGAGUCUUUUAGGAAAAACUGCGUGGCUCACUCGGGACCUCCCCACCCCGCAGCAGUAGCCUCUGCCCCAGGCAUCAGCCUCAACUGUGUGGUCAGCCGAGGGAACUCACUGGGUGGCCGGCACGAGCAGCCGGGGUGCCGGGGCACCUCCGGCGGGAACCCCUGCGAGUCCAUCAAGAGGAUGAGCGUGAUGGUCAACAGCGGCGAUUCCACACUCUCCCUCGGCCCCUUUGUGCACCAGGCCGGCAGCGAGCUACCCGUCAACUCCCACGGCGUCUACCCGCACUCACACACUCCUCUGGACAAACUCCUAGGAAAGAAAAGAAAGUGCUCACCCGGCUCGAGCAGUGUCAACAGCAGCGGCGGCAGCAGCAAGCCCACCAAGGUGGCCAGAUUGCCGGCCGUGAACAACGUCCACACGAAACACGCGGGCCCCAGCCCGGCAGCCCCGGGGCUGACAAACAGCUCCCUCCUCCAUCAGGUAGGACAGGGCCUGGGGCCACCGUGGGGAGGCCCGUGGCCUCUCCCUUGACAUGGUUGAUCAACUCGGAGAUCUGUGCGGUCGGUUUGGUGGGUUUGCCUAAAAGCAAGUGUCCAGCUUCACGGUGUCUUUUAAGAAAAGGUCGAGUUGAAGGCCAGAUGAAGGUCACACAGGCACCUCUCUGCCAGACUCUGUGAUGACUCGGAAGAUGCUCCUGGCUAAGGAGGCCACACCAAGUGCAUUUCAGCAGCUGGGGUGGUGGACACCGUCCUGCGUGACGGUGGGGCCCUCCCUGUCCUGGAGUGCAGUCCUCUCGUACGUUUGUCUGAAGAAAGCUGGGCGAAAAUCAAGCUGGUGUAGAAAGGGAUGAUUUAAAUUUGAAAAAGGCUGUUAUAUUUUUCCCAUCAAAGAGUUUCAGGUUUUCUUGUCAAUUCCCCUCCUCUGUGUUCUCCUCCCUGUUUUCCAAGGAGGCAGGGAAGCGGAAUUUCACUAUGGCAGAGCAGAAGACUGAUAUCUUAUUGACGUUAACAGAUUGAAAAGAAACCUGCAUGUGACCUGUCUCUAGAAAAGGGCUUGUCGGGCAUCGGAUUCAUUACUGACCGUGGUUUCUCUGGCUGUGUCUUGUCUCUUCCCCACUCCUCUUCCGGCUGCUGUUUGCUCCUGUAGCCAGUUCCUCCACCUUCCUCUUUCUUCUGUCCAGCUCCUCUCUCAUCUUGUUGUUUCAUUCAGCAGAGUACUUUCUGUCCUUGCUUACAAGCAGGAAUUUCAGCAAUGUCACCCUCAGAGCUCUGCUUUAAAAUGUGAGGCUCUUUUUGUUUUGUUUUGUUUUCCCUUCCUCAUCUUCAAAACUGAACAUAAAUGUCAGACUAGAACUUGUCCAGAAAAUACCAGGAAGUUUCUUCAUGAGGCAGAAGUUUCCCUCAGUAUAUGUGUGAAUGAAAACUCGGCGCCAAAGGUGUGGGGAAAAUAAUGACGCAUGAAUUUCAGUAGCAGCUGCUUCAGUUCUUCUCUU